GUACUUUCUGUCUCUUGGAGGCCAUGGCCACUGCAGAGUCCUCGAUGUUCACUUCCUUGGGCCCCAGCCAUGAUCUUGGAGAAGAUGAGGUGGAGCUGGAUUGCUGGUUUAAUGAGGAGUUCAAGUUCAUCCUGCUGCCUGUGAGCUAUGCAGUUGUCUUUGUGCUGAGCCUGGGCCUCAAUGCCCCAACUCUCUGGCUCUUUCUCUUCCGACUCCGACCCUGGGAUGCAACAGCCACCUACAUGUUCCACUUGGCACUGUCAGACACCUUGUAUGUGCUGUCACUGCCCACCCUCGUCUACUAUUAUGCAGCCCACAACCACUGGCCCUUUGGCACUGGGUUCUGCAAGUUUAUUCGUUUUCUCUUCUAUUGGAACCUCUACUGCAGUGUCCUCUUCCUCACCUGCAUCAGUGUGCAUCGCUACCUGGGCAUCUGCCACCCACUGCGGGCACUACACUGGGGCCGCCCUCGCUUUGCAGCCCUUCUCUGCCUAGGAGUUUGGUUGGUGGUAGCUGGCUGCCUUGUUCCCAACCUGUUCUUUGUUACGACCAGCACCAGGGGGACCACCAUUCUGUGCCACGACACCACUCGGCCUGAGAAGUUUGCCCACUAUGUGUACUUCAGCUCAGCGAUCAUGGGGCUGCUCUUUGGCUUGCCCUGUCUGGUCACUCUGGUGUGCUACGGGCUCAUGGUCCAGCGCCUGUAUCAGCCCUUGCCAGGAUCUGCGCAGUCAUUUUCUCGGCUCCGUUCUCUCCGCACCAUCUCUGUGGUCCUGAUUGUCUUCGCUGUCUGCUUUGUGCCUUUCCACAUCACCCGCACCAUUUAUUACCUGGCAAGGCUACUGGAAGCUGACUGCCAGACACUGAAUAUUGUCAACGUGGCCUACAAAGUGACUCGGCCCCUGGCCAGUGCCAAUAGCUGCCUGGAUCCCGUGCUCUAUCUACUCACUGGGGACAAGUACCGACGACAGUUCCAGCACCUUUGCAGAGGUGGCAGACCCCAGCCCCGCACAGCUGCCUCCUCCCUGGCACUGGUGUCUCUGCCUGAGAAUAGCAGCUGCAGAUGGGCAACUACCUCCCACAACGGUAGCUGCCCUGCCCCUAGGGAAGAUAGACUGUAA